AUGAACCGCUAUUUCCUAUUUGUCGCUCUCGCUUUGACGGUGCUUUGCUGUGUCGAGGCCCGGAUACCAAUGUACAAACCGCCAUUGAAUGAGGGUGCUCGAUGGGGUGAACUCUUCGACAAAAGAGAUGUCGGAAAAGUUGGAUAUGGGUGGAGUGACUGCGAGUUCUCUCCGAUGUCUUGUCUUCUCCGUCGUCGUCGCUCUCUUCGCUCGUUUGAAGUCGAAAUGAAU